AUGAACUCUUUAGGUAUUGACACUAGUUUGGCUGCUUUGGAAGGUCGCCAACAACAGCAAUUGAACUCUCCGAUGCCUUUUCGACGAAACUCUUUUAUUGCCUCCGGGUCAUCGGCUCAUCCGCAUAAUAAUAGCAACCAGCACAAUUCUAAUAGCCACAGCAACAAUCACAAUAGUCACGUGAAUCAUAAUGGAGUAAAUGGAAACAAUGCAGCUAUACAAAAUGUUGAAUAUUAUGAAGAGGAUGAUGAUUUGAGGAGAUGGGAUAAAAACCCUAGAAACUUGCUGAAUUUCUUGGGCGGUGGCGGUGGCACUGGAGAAAGGCCUAGUUCCGGUAUAUUCAAUAACAUCCCUCCCUUCUUUGAUGAUUAUCCAGACUCACCAACUGGAUCAGCAACCCCGGUGGCAAGUACAAGUACAAGCACUAGUACAACAAAAGCUUCUUGGUAUAUGAGACCAAAUUCUGGUAACGAUAGAUCUAACAGCAUCAUCCGAAGAAGAUUAAGCUUGACCGAGAAUAACUCAAACGGGAUAGGUAGUAACACCAAUACUGGCAACUUUAGUAGUCUGGGAAGCGGAAACACAGCAACCACCACAAAUUCUUCCACGAGACAUAUUCGUGUGAGAACUAAGAGUUUGAUGAGAAAUACGCCGAUCACAACAGCGAGCAUUAUGAUGGAGUCAGCCAACCAAAGCUCAAGUAGUGGGAAUGAAAGCGGAGGUAGCACCACAAUGAACUACGGAACAAGCCCUUCUUUACAACCUCAUCAAUAUGGUAGCAGCAGCAAUAGUAAUAGCAAUGCUGUUGGUGUAAAUAACGCUAUACCUUCUGCACGUUGCACUACACCCGAUCUGGAACACGUCCGUACUCAAAUUUUAUCGAUGACAGCUCAAACAACAGCACAUCCAGCAUCCAUUGCUACACAUGAACAAUGGGACGAGUCAUAUCUCUACCUUAUGCGAAAUAUCCUUCGACAUUUAUUGGAGGAAUGCGGAGUUGCUAUAACGACUCAUCAAGCUUGGGAGGACAUGAUGAUGCGACUUUUAUUGGUAAUCGCCGACGAAGUUCAACCUAAUAUUCGGGUGAAAGAUACAUUCAAUAUGAAUCAUUAUGUUAAGAUAAAGAAAGUACCUGGUGGAUUACCAAAGGAUAGUUUUUCCGUAAGUGGUGUCGUAUUAUCAAAAAGUCUUGUGCAUAAGGAUAUGAUUCGUAAAAUUGAAAAUCCUCGAAUCAUUAUUUUGAAUUUUGAUUUAAACGGAUUCAGUAGCACCAGCAAUAGCACAUCAACAGUAACCGCUAACAAUGGCCAAAACGUCGGAGAAAAUAAUACAGGUGUUCCCAGACAGGAAUACUUGAAGUUUGAUAGUCUCUUAGCUUGGGAACGGAAUCAUAUGAAUGAUUUGGUGGAUAAGCUCAUUUUGUUGAAACCGUCUAUUGUAUUAAUUGCAGCCGAUGUUCCUCGUACCGUCAUCGAACGAUUAAACAAGGUAAAAAUAGUGGUAGCGUACAACAUCAAAAAGCAAAAAUUAGAUGCAAUCGCUCGCUGUGCAGAUGCUACGGUAUUUAGCUAUAAGAGUGAGUUAUGGGCUGCAAAGGCCAUAACACCUGGUAGAUGCGGUAUGUUUGAAACACUUACAAUUAUGCACGAAUAUCUUCAUCAUCGACGCAAAACAUUCUUGAUGUUCAGCCAAUGUCCAAAGGAAAGAGGGGCAACUGUGGUUUUAAGAGGCAGUGAUUUAAAUACGCUCUGCAUCAUUAAGUUUAUUAUGAACUUCAUGGUAACCGUUGUCAACAAUAUCAAUUUGGAAGCUCAAUUGCGAAAGGAUUUUAUCGAGUUACGUAGAUGGAAUUUACCGAUUUAUGACGAUGCGUCAUUUGAUGAUGAACUCGAAAAUAGUCACGAAGAUGAUUCAUCCACUUUAUUGCAGUAUUCGAAAGGGAGUGUAGGAAGACCAAAUACAGGAUCUUCAUUCAUUGAGGGAUCAUCAGUUGAUAUGUUGCAGGUCGACACGCAAAGUAUUUCUGCUUUGUCUGUUGCUGAGUCGCAAAUGACUGUAAAUACUAUGGAUGUAGCAGCAGCAAAGAAAAAAUCACAACAGCAAUAUCACCACGAUACUAUUAUUGUUGAAGAUGAUGAUAUCUGUCUCACAGCUAUCAAUACUGUUUUGAAACAAUAUCAAAAUACAAUGCUUUCAAUUUCUCCCGGUGUAACUUUACCCGUGCCUCAUAUCUUGCUAAAGCUUCGUGAUGCUCAAAAGAAGUUGAUUGGAUUAAUUAGGGAAAGGUUGGGUCCUUCCAUUAUGGGAAAUGUAUUGGCUAAUACAGCUCCAGAAGAAAUACCAACAGUGCCUUCAGAUGCUAACAAUGAAAAGGCUCCAGAUGGUAGUAAGUAUACACCUCCUGUCAUCCCACCUAUUCCUACAGACUUGAUGUAUAUGCCGUUUUAUCUGAAGGCUUUCGAUGUUUAUUUGGAACACGAUCUUGAGUACCGACAUUAUCAAGAUUUACAUGUGCAAGCAUGGUACAUAUUCAAAAAGUAUAUUAAUGGGAUUCAUCAAUCUCUGUCACCGGUUCAUCAUCAGGAAAUUCUUGUGCAUCGUACAACAAAUCCAAUGAAUAACCAUACUAUUCCAUGUGAAAAGGCAGUUUUGGAACCUUACAAUUAUUACGAUCCUACCAGUGACUACACGCUUGGACAAUAUAUUCUGAAUGCAACCAAGGAGGCCUACACGAUAUGUGGUAACAAAAUGUGUGAAGCGUCCUUGAUCAACCACGACAAGACAUAUUCGCACGGUAAUGCUCAAAUCAAAAUGCAAGUGUUUUCUGAGGAUGACAAUGGCGAUGAAGAACCGUUUGAAGAAAGAAUUGAUAUUAGUCGAGACGAAUACUUGCGCAAGAUUCAUAUCUUUAUUCGUACAAGAUGUAAUAUUUGCAAGGUCUUACAUAGUUGGAAGCCUAUGUCUGAUUUGCUUCAGCGUUAUUCGUUUGGUAAAUUCUUGGAGCUUUUAUUUUAUCAAUCCGAACCCAUCCCGAUUUAUGACAACGAAAGUGAAUCUGGUAGUGCAAACGGUUAUUUUGCAGAUGAAGGAGGAGAUAAUGGAUGCCCUCACGGUUUAUAUCGCGACCAUACAAUUUCUUUCCGAAUUCAAAACUUGUCAGUCAAUUUUACACAUGCCAAGGUCAGAGUAGUUGAAGUACAUCCCCCUCCUCUUCAUUUAAGAUUCAGUCCGAAACAGCAAAUGGCUAUCAAAGAUGCUUCUCUGGAUUCUACACGAUCUAAAAUUGCAAAGUUCUUUGACUCAAUCAUUGAAAGAAACAAGGCCUUCUCAUACGAUAUCGUUCAACCCAACAUGAUUGAAACAUGUAAAGAACACUUACAAGAAAUGUCACAAGAAGCGCUUAAAAACAAAAAGAGCUUAUUACAAAAGCUUCAAUCAGAAUAUGCCACCAGUGCGCCUACGGAUACUCUACAAUUGAACAACGUACUUGCUGAUUUGCAAAAUCACGCCGUCAAUUGGGAUCUCAAGUAUAUUGAUUUUGCACGAAGAUUUGUUCGACCCGAACGCGAAUUAAGACGAUUGACUACCAACCAUUUGCGAAGAAUGUUUCCUGCCGAAAGUUUGUAUAAUAACAAUAGUAACGCUACACCUGUUGUUUCCAACUUAAACUUGCGUACAAAAAGAGCGAUCGAGGCAGCAGACCUACCUUUACUGGAUGUAGGCCUAGAUGAUACCCCCUCUGCAUCUUCCUACGGUGUUUCCAAUUCUGUCAAUACAUCUGAAGAUGUAUCCUUUGUAGACAUGACUCUCAAAGAACAGCCUGGAUUAGGUGAAUCGCCAACGGAAUCAUAUCCCUGGUUUGAUGAACUCAAACGCUUUGAUCAAAUGUUUAUGCAGGACAACAAGACCGAAGAUCCUAAUAAUUUUAGCACUAGCGUUGGAAGUGCCAACAAAAAGAAAUUCAGCGGCGAUAUUGAUUUGAUGGGGUCUAGUCCUUCAUCACCUGGCGCUGUUAAUAUGAAGAGCAGUAACCGUCAAAAUUCGGUCGAAGAAGAAGAAUCACGAGAUUUAGAUCCAAGUGUAGCAAGACGUUUGUCGCUCGAAUUAAUGAAAGACGCCCCUAAAAAGAAAAAAGAACAAGCCGAGGACAAAAAGCAACAAAUGCAGUUACAGCAACAGCAACAACUUCUGGAACAAGAACAGCAACAAAAGUAUCUUGAGCAGUCGCAUAUUGUUGAAGGUAGAAAAACGCCAUCACCUCCACCUCCUUCUCCCAUGUCUUCUUCUACAGCUUUGAUUGUUCCUCCUUCUGCGGCACAAAUGCUUCAUCCAAUGACUCCAAGAGAAAAACCAGCGGAGACUGCCGACAAUAAUAAUCAACACAAUUCGUCUCGACUAAUUCGUCAUGCUGUUAACUUACCUAUGUUGUCUUCAACGGCAUAUAAACGUAUAGCAGGUCUUUUACCUGAUCCCAUGGUCGGUAAAUCAAAAAGCACACCUUCCCCUGGAAAUAAUCUAGACAAGCCGAAGCCGAUUUCACCUUAUCAAAAGCUCAUUGAGAUGAACAAUAACAAGGCCACUAAUCGUAAGUCACAAUUCUAUGAGGCUUCUUCCAACUUUUUUUUGGACGGCCCAUCUUCAUCUGAAGCACCUGCACCCCCUCCACCUCCACCUCCCCCUCAUGCAACACCGAAGAUCAAUUUUUAUCGUGGAUCUCCAUACGCAUCCAAGCUACAAGAUCGAUCAUCUAUUGCUUACAGAUAUGGCUUUAUGGGUCCUCCUAGCAAUAACACACCACCUAUUUUACCUGUAAUUGACAAAAAGUUGGGAUUGAACACCCACAAUAACAAUUCUGUUAAGGUCAGUAAUAGCAACAGCAUGGCAUUAAUUCAAUUCUCUUCGGCGGCGUCUACAUUACCCGUAAAAGCAUCUCAACAAGCUAUUUCCGUUACUCAAGAUGCGUCCGUAGUACGCCCACGAUCACGAACAAUGGCUAUUGUAGCUGGUACCUCGACCGGUAAUUUAUUGACAUAUCAUCAACAAAACAUGAAGGUGUCCAGCCCCAAUCGUAUGAUGGGGGGAGGCCGUAUUCCCGUACCUUCAUCCAACUUUAUGAACGCUUCUUCCUCGGCAUCAAGUGAAAAAUUGCAAGUGCCAUCAAUCAAAUUCUCCAAUACCGUAACAACUAGUGGGCAUCAAUCUCAUCUACCAAUUCCAAUCCACCAUCACUAUCAUCAUCAUGGUCGAAAACUAUCGGAAGGAAAGAUUCGAAACAUUCGUCAGCGAUUGCCAAGUAAAGCAUCGCUGGAGCCAUACACCAAAAUUAAAGAAAUUAUUGCAACCCAUGAUGAAUCUUCUUCCUCUUCAGAAGAUGAAGGUAUUUCGGAUGAUGAUGAAGACGAUGAGGGUGACGCAGACGAUGAUGAUAUCGAAGGCAUUUCUUCUUCUUCCGAAGACGGUGAUGAGUUAUUGCCCUUCCAACACAAGACGUUUUCAUUGACGUAUACAGAUGAAUAUGAUGAAUCCUUGGGCCGUGAGUUAGUCCCUAGUAUUUUGGAGCUACAACAAUUUAAUCGUGAGCAUCAGUUACAAAUGACACGAAAUACGUUGCCAUAUCUCAGUGUGGAUUCGGGUAUUGUAGCACCGCAUCGAAAAUUAACCCAUGAUGAAGGCUCGUUUAGUGAUCAUCAAAUGUCAAAAACGUUAAGUCGUAAUGCAAUCAUGGAAGCCGUCUUGAGAUCCUCGAACAAUUCAUCCAUGAGCUUGGAUAAUAACUCGGUCUCUUCUAACUUGGAUUGGUCUCCUGGUGUAAGCGGAAAGAAUUCAAUCAUGAAGGCAAUUACCUAUGUAUUAGCAGAAAAGAGUAUCAGUAAUUUAUUGCCAUUGGAAUAUCCCUUUUCUCCUACGGAACAUAUUUUUGGUGAUUCCAACAUUUUGGUCAGAGAAGAUGAGCCGAGUAGUAUUAUAUCUUAUAUGCUUGGAAGUACAUUCUAUAACGAGAAGUUACACAGGAGAAGAGAAUUGAGAAUGUCUAACGCUGCUGGCGUUUCCACAUCCAAUAUUUUCACAGGUGGCGGAGAGAAGGAAAAGUCUGAGGCUAGUACAAAUGAACACGGCAAUCAACAGCAAGAGACAAAACCGUUUUUCUUGGAGAUGUUUCCUGAGACUGACGAAAGAGAAAGACCUUGGAAGUUUUGUAAGUUGACUAUGAGACAUGUUAACGGGCUUUAG